AUAGCUUCCCUAAAUGUAGUUCGAGUUACACAAUUUUCCAAUUAUAAAUGGAUCACCUGUAUCAUCAAGUCGAACCGUUCUUGUUAUUGUUUUCUUCGGAUCAUAUGAUUUUUGACAUAGAAGCUAGCUAUGAACAUGCACGUAUAUACACACGUACAUAUAUGUAUCGUCAUUUCGAACAUGGCCGCGGUGGAGUGUGAACCGAAAGAAGAUACCUCGGCUGAGUUAUCGGAAACACCGGUGUUUUCAGAUGAAACGGUCAAAACAAUCGAGAAACAUGAAACGUCGGGAAUACCGUUGCAAUCAUCGUGGACAUUUUGGUUAGACAAAGCUAUUUCUGGCAUAACUGUUGAAGAAUAUAAAGAAAAUUUAACGAAGAUUUAUACUGUGAACACUAUACAAAGCUUUUGGGCUGUUUUCAACAAUAUACCAAGUGCUAGCGCCGUGCAAGUCAGAUAUAGUUAUCAUUUAAUGAGAGAUGAAAGAUAUCCCCUAUGGGAAGAGCCUGUUAAUCAAAAUGGUGGAACAUGGAGAUUAAAGUGUCAUAAAUCUGAUACUGAGAAGAUAUGGAAAGAGAUGGUACUUGCAGCUAUCGGAGAACAAUUUGCUGAAUGCGUUGCAGAAGGUGAUGAAAUUUGUGGAGUAACUGUAUCUAUUAGGGAUAGAGAAGAUCUUGUCCAAAUAUGGAAUACAAAUGCUAGUUUAGCAUCAAAGGCAACAGUUUUAGAAAAAGUUCAUUCUCUUUUGCCAAAUAUAAAUUUUUCUGAAUUUUAUAAACCACAUCAGUCACACCAUGCUUAUGGGCGUCAUUGAAGAAGUAUUAGUGUUAUUAAACUGUUAAUUGUUUAAUAAAACUGAAUUACUGAAAUAAAGAUGCAAAUUCUAAUUAUAUGACAAGAAGUUUCUAUAUAUUUAUAGUGUAAGAAAGUUAUUAAUUUGUUGAUACUGAAUUGUUUAUUAGAUAAGCAUGUAAAUCUUUUGUAAGCAUAUAAAUAUUGCUGAGAUUAUAAUAUUAAACUAUCAAAUAUAUUUUUAUACUUAGAAA